GACUCCAUCCCAAUCCAAGGUCUGCCCUGAAACCCCCUUCCACAGAGCCGCCUAUGAGCAAAGCAGCCCUUUAAUACAGAGGCUGGGACUGGUGGCUUGCAGGCUGAAAGUUGCCUGAUUUUAAAAAUGACUGGUUUUGUUGUUUGUUUAUUUUAAUGUGGACUACAUUUGCAGUUUGGGAGAAUUCACUUUUGUAGAAAAAACUUGGCAUUCAGUUCUUUUGAAAAAUUGGACAAUCUCACCAUAGCAGAGUGGCAGGAGGUAAGAGACACAGUCCUGCAUAGAACAAAUCCUUUGAGUUUGGACCGCGGAGGAGGCUCGCUUCAUAGCAAGUUUUCCCUUCGCUGAUGGGUGUUAACUGUCUGGGCGGCGCUGGCCUCUCACACCCGUCAGACUGCUGCUUAGGCCAAGCUUCGGGAAGCAGGUACUGGGCACUUGGUCAAAUAGGCUACUGGGUGGAUCUCUGCUCGAACGGUAGGCCUGUGUGCGCCACUCUGCCCUUUCCAUGUGCUGUGCACCUCUCGCUUCGCUGUGUUCACGCUUUGCUUGCGAAGCCCGUCUCUCCGAGGUGUCGGCAUGACUGGGCAGGAAGGGCUGUUAGCAUUCACACCUUUCUCAGGCGUCCACAACUGAGUCACACCUUUGGGGCGGUCGUUUUCAUCCUUGGCACAGCUCCGUGGAGGGAGGGUGCACAGCACCCAGGAGGCGCCAGAGGAACACAGAUGCGUUCCAAUACUAUGACCAAUGCUCUAAGGCUCUUUUCUCUGCCAAGGAACUUCAGUUACUACAAGUGCAGCCUCCCGAGCAGCGGAUUAGUGCAGCGAGUCUGGGAGCGACGCGGGCACGAGGCGCGCGGCCGCGCAGCAGAGAGCAUGGACGGACCCGGCAGCGAGGCCCGGGACGGGCGCCAGCCCCGCCCUGAGCUUUCUUCGAGGCUGCGUCCGAGAGGGCCACGCUGCGCCUGUGCGCAGAGCCUCUGGGUGAGGAGCGAGCAAUCGCCUCAGCGGCCCGUCGAACGGGAACGGUUUCCCAGGUCUGCGCAGGCGCAGCCCCCUACGGACGCUGACCGGCGCGCAGGCGCUGGUCUAGCCGCGCCUCACAGUCCGCACGCCGCGGGCCGCGGGAGACAGCUUCUGUUUCCGGGUCACGCGUUGACAGCGGCUGUCUCCGCCCCGCUCAGCCCCGCGGCCCGGCAGUUUGGAGCAUGUGAACGUACUCUGAGCCUUGAUGAGUUCCAGUAUGUGGUAUAUUAUGCAGAGCAUUCAGAGCAAAUACUCUCUGUCAGAGCGCUUAAUCCGAACAAUCGCUGCCAUUCGUUCCUUCCCGCAUGACAACGUAGAGGAUCUCAUCAGAGGGGGAGCAGAUGUGAACUGUACCCAUGGCACACUGAAACCCCUGCACUGUGCCUGCAUGGUGUCAGAUGCUGAUUGUGUGGAGUUACUCCUGGAAAAAGGGGCUGAGGUGAAUGCCCUGGAUGGUUACAACCGAACAGCUCUCCACUAUGCAGCUGAGAAAGAUGAGGCUUGUGUAGAGGUCCUAUUGGAGUAUGGUGCAAACCCCAAUGCCCUAGACGGCAACCGAGACACCCCACUGCACUGGGCAGCCUUUAAGAACAAUGCUGAGUGUGUCCGGGCCCUCCUAGAGAGUGGGGCUUCUGUCAAUGCCCUGGAUUACAACAAUGACACCCCGCUCAGCUGGGCUGCCAUGAAAGGCAAUCUGGAGAGCAUCAGCAUCCUUCUUGAUUAUGGGGCAGAGGUCAGAGUCAUCAACCUAAAAGGUCAGACACCCAUCUCCCGCCUGGUGGCUCUGCUGGUCAGGGGACUUGGGACUGAGAAAGAGGACUCUUGCUUUGAGCUCCUCCACAGAGCUGUUGGACACUUUGAAUUAAGGAAAAAUGGCACCAUGCCACGAGAAGUGGCCAGAGACCAGCAGCUAUGUGAAAAGCUGACUGUUCUAUGCUCAGCCCCAGGAACUCUAAAAACACUCUCUCGCUAUGCUGUGCGCCGUAGCCUGGGACUCCAGUAUCUGCCGGAUGCCGUGAAGGGCCUUCCACUGCCAGCUUCUCUGAAGGGAUACCUGUUACUUGUGGAAUAGCCUGGAGGAGACACUUGCACCUUCAGGUAGGAGGCUCUGGGUGAGCUUUCUGUGUGCAGUGCCGUCUCUGCCUCGGAGAACAGGAGCAGCAGUUGUCCCUGUUGUGUGGUUUAUGUUUUGAGGCAACAUGUCACACAGUAACCUCCACAGCACCCUCCCUCCCCAAACCAAACCACCAAACAAAAAAAAUCACUCACUUUUGUUUUCUGUUUAUUGCUUAAUUGGGUUUCAUUACUGUACCCUGCAAAAGAAGAGCCCCUCUCUGCCCUUUAGAGAAAAGGUCCAUAGUGCAACUACAUUUCUCUAGGAAGAUGAAGAGUAUUAAAGGAUGUUUGUUUGGUUUUCCUUUGGAGACAUGAUUAACAUUUUGGGAGAAUCCCUCUAGAAGCAUCUUACUGAUCUAUAAAGAGGCUUAAGGAAAUCCCAGCUUACUACUGUGGCCCAAAGAUGAACAUACUACAGGCUCGGACGGUGUGCAGACCUUGCGCUGGGCUGGAUGAGACCCCUAGGGCUCUGCCAUGGGGCACUCAGAAGGGAUGGCCCAUUCCUGCCACCAAAGGGAACAGCGGCCUCUGCCCCUUUUCCACAGGUGUGCCAGAGGGUUACAGCAGCUCAGCUGUGUUGUCAGAAAGGUGGCCUUGCUGCUUCGCACAUAAUAGCAGGUUCCAAGCAGUAGGAACUAAAUGUCCUAAGAACUUCUUUCAGGGCGGUUCUCUCUCUUCCUGAAGCCAUUUUGCUCUAAUGAGCUCGGCAUUCCCUGCACCUUGGACAGAGGUGUUUGCUCUAGGAGGAGAAGAGAAGGGCUGGCUGCCCUUUCCUGAGGGUCUCUAUUUCCCUAGGAAGUUCAUGCUGCUCAGUUUGGAGUUAUUUUUCUUUCAGUUGUUUGGGGAAACUUUGCUUUUCCCAGAUGGACACUAGACACUGUUGGAGUGGGGGGAGCAGGGCAGUGGGGUCAGUAUAAGAGCUACUUUUGAGAUGACCCACCUACCUAUAAAAGAUGACCUGGUGAACAGCACUGGCUCAACAGUACCCUUUUUGCUCAUGUUCCUACCUAAACUAAAUCAAGUUGUUACUGAUCUUAGAUGCCCUAUGCAAAUUUGAAAGCCCUUUUUAAAAAAACUGAUUGGGAACUCCGCGAUCAAAAUGAAUGGGCUCUGCUGACACAGCUAACUAGGAAAAGCAUGUCGGCUUUGCCCUUUUGCUGUUGUUUUCUUGCUCUCUUAAAAACAAAAAGAAAUAAACACUUCUCCAAGCAA